AUGCUGCAGGGCAACAACAGCUUCAAGAAUAUAAAGGAGGAGAACAAGCCGGUAGCUACGGCCGUCCCUCCACCACCGCUGUCAGCUCUGCCGGGUGGCUUCCUCAAACAGCUGGUCAGAGAUUCAGAAAAAGAGACCAAACACAAAGAGCCAGAGGUCAAAGAGGAUAAAACGCCAAGCAAACUGAGCAACAACCUGGUGCAGCAGUUCCUCAACCCAGACCAGACUCCUCCGAUCCUCGAAGCAGAGAUGUCUCUGCGGGCUGAACAGCUCAUCAACAACAGCAAACAGAAAAGGUCAAACUCGGCCCAGUUGGAUGACAGGUCCUUGUCCCACCUCCACAUAAUGACUCCCAACUCUGACAGCAAGCCUGAAACCAAUAAGGACCCGACACCAGAACCCCCAAAGCAGAAGCAGCAGCACCAGGAGAAAAAGACAGAAAUUAAGAGCAAGAAGAUGCAGCAGGCCGAGCCCAUGAAGAAGAAAGAGGAGGGCAUGGAGCAGAGGCAGGAGCCAGAAGGCAGGCAAUCUGAUGCCACUGUUACCGACCAUAAAAGAAGGGAGGUGAGGGAUGUCUGGUAUGAAGCUGGACCUGUGUGGUACGUCCACAAAGAUGGCUUCACCCGUGCCACUCAGCUGAAGCCGGAUGAAGGCACGCCGGAACUCCCAGAGGGCCGAGUGAGGGUCCGCCUGGAGACCGAUGGGUCGCUGCAUGACGUCACAGAGUAUGAAGUUGAGAAGUGUAACCCAGCAGAACUGGACCAGUGUGAGGACCUUAGUGACUUGCAGAGUGUGAAUGAAUGUGGAGUCCUGCACACGCUAGCCAGUCGGGCCAAAGCCAGCAUGCCACUCACUCAAGCUGGACCAAACCUGAUCAACUUCUGGCCUCCAUUACAGACCCACAGCAAGACCCCAAAGUCGCGACGAGGGGAGUCUGUGUGGGAUGCCCCUCCUGCUCUGGCUGCUCUGGUCAAACGGGUCUACGUGUCCAUGGUUGGCAGCAGGAGAGACCACUGCGUGUGCUCGGUGGGACGCAGCGGGACGGGAAAGACCACGGCGUGCCAAGCCUUCACACAUGCACUCCUCAAGCAGGCCGGGACAACCGGACAGAACAUCAGCGUGGAGCGUGUGCAGGCCAUGUUCACCAUCCUCAGGUCAUUCGGCUGCGUGAGCACCCAGCACAGCGACGCCUCUUCUCGAUUCGCCAUGGUCUUCUCUCUGGACUUUAACCAUGCUGGACAGGCUGCUGCCGGACAUCUGCAGACCAUGAUGCUGGACAAGUGGAAGGUGUGCCAGAAAACUCCAGGAGAAAGUAACUUCCUGGUCUUCUCUCAGAUGCUGGCAGGACUCAGCACAGAGAUGAGGACAGAACUGCAGCUUCACCAGCUUCUUGAGUCCAACUCUUUUGGUAUUGUUCAUCCCACCAAGGUGGAGGAGAAGCAGCGGGCGUCCGUUGCCUUCACCAAGCUGCUGGCUGCCAUGGAAACGCUGGGCUUCUCAGCCAGCGAGCAGAGGGCGAUCUGGCAUGUUCUGGCUGGUAUUUACCAUCUGGGAGCUGCCGGGGCCUGUAAAGUGGCCAGGAGGCAGUUUGUGAACUUUGACAGCGCUCAGGCAGCCAGCAGCGUACUCGGAUGUGAGGGAGAGGAGCUGCACACGGCAGUCUUCAAGCAUCACCUGCGACAGCUGCUGCAGAAAGCCACCGGAGGCAGCAGAGAAAGAACCGCAGAGUCAGAGGAGGGUCCACGUUUAACAGCUGCUCAGUGUGUCGAGGGAAUGGCUGCCGGACUCUACGAAGAGCUCUUCACUAGCAUCGUCUCAUUCAUCAACAGGGCUCUGAGCAGCGAGCAGCUGGCGUUAGCCUCUGUGAUGGUGGUGGACACGCCGGGCCUGAGGAACCCGAGACACUCUGCAGAGGAGCGAGGAGCCAGCUGGUCCGAGCUCUGCCACAACUACCUGCAAGAGCGACUGCUGGAGCAUUACCACACACACACCUUUAUACACACACUGGACAGAUACGCACAGGAGAAGAUCAAUGUGGAGUUCGAGUGUCUGGAGAGCAGUCCGGCUGAGGUUGUUUCUGCCAUCGAUCAGCCGCCUCCGCAGAUUCGGGCAGCAGAUGGAGACCCCAGAGGUCUGCUGUGGGUUCUGGAUGAGGAGAUGGUGACUCCGGCCUCCUGCGAGAACGACGCCCUGCAGAGAGUCUGCCAGUAUUACAGCAACACAGUGCGUCAGUGCGAGCAGCCAUUGCAGUGUGAGGUGAACCACCUGAUGGGCGGCGAUCCCGUCCGUUACGACCUCACAGGAUGGUUCGGUCUGAUCCAGAACAACCCCUCUGCUCUCAACGCCAUCUGUCUGCUCCAGAACUCCACCAUUGGGGUGGUGAAGGCCAUGUUCACCCCCAGAAUCUCGCUGCCACCCCUGUGUCGUGGUCUGGGGGGACUGGAGGGCCGCAGCCAGCGCGCCCUGCAGAGGAACGGCACCAUCAGGAAAACGUUCAGCGGUGGGAUGGCUGCCAUUCGCAGACACUCGCAGUGCAUCGCAGUGAAACUGCAGGCGGAUGCUCUGGUGAAUCUGAUCCGGCGAGCCAGGCCAGUGUUCCUGCAGUGUGUCAGUGCGAAGAUGGACGGUGGAGGUUUUGACGUCCCGGCUCUCAGAGUGCAGCUGCACUCCACACAGAUCCUGUCGGCCCUGCAGCUCUACCGCACAGGUUAUCCAGAGCACAUGACUCUGAGUGACUUCAGGUGUCAUUUCCAGGCUUUAUCUCCUCCAGUUAUGAAACGUUACGCUUCAAUGUUCGUCAGCCACGACGAGCGAAAGGCGGUGGAGGAGCUGCUGGUCGAGCUGGAUGUGGAUAGAAAGAGCAUCGUCGUGGGAGCCAGCAGGGUGUUUAUGAAGCGAGGGGUGCUGCGUUACCUGGAGCUGCAGAGAGACCAGCAGGUCACCGGCUGGCUGGUUUACCUGCAGGCCGCCUGCCUGGGACACCUGGCCCGACAGAAGUACCGCAAGCUCAAGGUGCAGCAGAUGGCGGUCAGGUGUCUGCAGAGGAACCUGCGAGCUCUGAGGGUCGUGACCAGUUGGAGCUGGUGGAAACUUUUCUGCCUAGUGCGUCCUCAGCUCGACGUCAACAUGGAUAACGAGAGGCUCAGGGCCAAGGAGGAUGAGUUAUCGGCUCUGAGGCGCCGCCUGGAGAAAUCAGAGAAAGAGAGAAAUGAGCUGAGGCAGACUGCAGACAGCCUGGAGACCAAGAUUACAGCUGUGACUUCUGAGCUCAGCGAUGAGCGUUUCCGUGGCGAUGCGGUGGGUCAGGCUCUGGAUGUGGAGAGGGCAGAGAGGCUUCGACUCAGCAGGGAGAACAAAGACCUGCUGACUCGCCUCGACCAGUGUAAGGUUACCAUGGAAACACUGGAGAAGCAGCUGGAGGAGGAGAAGCAGAAAGCUCAAGUUGCAGAGAGUCAGAGAGGAGCUGCAACAGAAAGUGAGCUGGCCAUGCAGCUGGAGUGCUGCCAGACGGAGGUGGAAUUCGUCCGCAGACGACUGAAGCAGACGGAGGAAAAAUUGGAGACGGAGAGACAGACCAGACAACAGCUCGAUACCAAGGUGGUGACGCUGCAGGCCCAGCUGGAGCAGUUCAGAAGGAGCACGGUGGAGCUGAAACGUCAUUGUCGCCGGGUGACCUCAGAACUUCAGGAUGCCCGUGUGCUCACUGACAGUCUGCAGAGUCGCAUGCACGAACUGGACCGCAAACAGAGGAGGUUUGACAGUGAGUUGACUCAGGCUCUGGAGGAAGCAGAUAAUGAGAGGGAGCAGAAGGAAAAAGCCUUCCAGGAGAUGGCAGCUCUGGGGACUGAAAUAUUCAACCUGCGACGCAACCUACAGGAGAGCCAGUCAGAGGUGAGCCGUCUGCAGAAGCAGAAGGAGGAGCUGUGCGCUCAGAUCCGAGACCUCAGCCUACCUGUCCACCUCGCCUCAGAUUCACUUCCUGACUUGAAGAAGCAGCUUCGCCUCCUGGAGAGCCAAGCCAGCGAGAGAGCCGAAGAGAUCACAACACUCACCUCCAAGAUCCAGCAGCAGCAGCAGGUCCACAUGCGGUUUGAGAUGGAGAUGGAGAGGAUGAAGCAGAUUCAUCAGAAAGAGCUGGAGGAUAAGGAAGAGGAGUUAGAGGAUGUCCACAAGUCCUCUCAGAGACGGCUGAGGCAGCUGGAGAUGCAGUUGGAGCAGGAGUAUGAAGAGAAGCAGAUGGUGAUUCAUGAGAAGCAUGACUUGGAGGGACUCAUUGCAACACUGUGUGACCAGGUGGGACACCGAGACUUUGACGUGGAGAAGAAGCUGAGGAGAGACCUGAAGAGAACUCACGCUCUGCUGGCCGAUGCCCAGCUGCUCCUCGCUACGAUCGACAGCUCAGGCCAGAGCCUGCCCAACGGCAGCAAAGACCAGAUAGAGCGGCUGCACUUCCAGCUUGAGGAGAGCGAGGCGAGGCGUCUGGAGGCUGAGAGCAUUCAGAAAACCCUUACCCAGGAGCUGGAGAACACUCAGCUAGAACUGGAGAAUAUCUGCAGGCAGAAGAGUGUGGCGGAUGAACAGCUGGCCAUGCUGCAGCAUGAGAAGGUGGACCUGCUGAAGAGGCUCGAGGAGGACCAGGAAGACCUCAAUGAGCUUAUGAAGAAACACAAAGCACUUAUUGCUCAGUCCUCCAGUGAUAUCGCUCAGAUCAGAGACCUGCAGGCGGAACUGGAGGAAGUGAAGAAACAGAGACAGUCUCUCCAAGACGAGCUACAGCAGUGCACGUCCAGGGUGCAGUUCCUGGAGUCGUCCACCGUGGGGCGCAGCAUUGUCAGUAAACAGGAGGCCCGUGUAUGUGACCUGGAAAAUAAAUUGGAGUUUCAGAGAGGCCAAGUCAAGAGGUUUGAGGUGCUUGUGCUGCGUUUGAGGGACAGUGUGGUGCGUCUGGGAGAGGAGCUGGAGCAGAGCGCCCAGGCUGAGGCCCGGGAGAAGGAGAAUGCCCGCUACUACCAGCAGCGGCUGCAGGAGAUGAGGGUGGAGAUGGAGGAGCUGAGCUUGAGAGAGCAGGACAGCAGCCGCAGACGCAUGGAGCUGGAAAUGCAGGUGGAAGAGCUAACCGCCGUCAGACAGACGUUGCAGGCCGAUCUGGAGACGUCCAUCCGCCGCAUUGUCGAUCUGCAGGCCGCCCUGGAGGAAGUGGAAUCGAGUGAUGAAAGUGAUACAGAAAGCGUUCAAACUGCUGUGGAGUCCUUUACUCGAAAGAAAGACCUUGACUCUGUGUCCAGUGUUGGCUCAGUUGGGAUAGAGGAUGUUGGAGAGGGGAUUCGUAGCCGGUUAGGACUUGCAAAAGGAGGAUCCCGCAGUGGUGGCUCACCAUACAGCAGCCAAGAUGGCCGUCAGUCCGUCACUGACACCAUGAGCACAUACAGCUUCCGCUCAUGUGUGGAUUUUGACGAAGGUUCUGAAGCUGGAGGAGUUGGCGCCAGACGUGUCAGCCGAGCCCCGUCCUCUUCAGCUCUGUCUGAGCUGCUGGAUGGACUCCGUAAACGUAGAGCUGGUGGUGAUGCAGGAGAUGGAACUGGUAGCACUGUAUCCCUGCCAAUAUACCAAACAACUGGAGCCUCAACUCUUAGACGGAGGUCAUCAGCCCUCUCUCUCGGUCCAGAAGACAUACCAGAACCCCGGCCUGGUCCCAGUAUCCUCAAACCAUCCUCUCCUCUCCUGUCUCGUGCUGCCAGCGCUCGCUCUAUCAUUGACUCUCAAGAAUCUACAGCUGGAGCAAAAAUCUCUCGCUUUAGCUCAAACGAUUCAGUUUCAUCGCUCCCAUCGCUGCCACGCCUCUCGUCAUUGUCAUCCACUCUUGCUGCUCGCCAUCCUCCUCCCUCACUGUCCAUCCCAGAGGAAGAUCCAGAUGAACCCCGCUCUGCAACGACUCCCAUCCAGCGCUCUCCGCAGGUACUGCGACGGUGCACACUGGGGAGUCUCAUUACUGCGGAUGGAGGUGAGUGCUCUCUGGGUUCAGAACCAAUGGUGUUCCAAAACCGCCGCCUUGCUGGCGAUCGCGACGAUGCAGCCUCUGACAUCCUGCCCGCCAUCCGGAGAGCUCAGUCCACCAGCAGCCUGGCCAGCUCAGUCAGAGGAGGAAGGAGGGCGUUGAGUGUCCACUUUGGAGAGUUGCCACCUUCCACCCGCAGCAGGAAAAGCUCAGAAACGGAGUCUUCCAGCUCAGGUGGUUCAGGGGGAAGCUCCCAGGGCAGUGGGCCAAGACGCCGGUUUGAGAGGCCGCAAGGAGAAAGACUGGAGGCGGAGGGCAGCGAGGGGGGUGACGUGGCUUCUGUCAUGAAGAAAUACCUUAAAAAGGAGGUCGACUGACAGAUGAGGCUCUUUAUGUGUCCACAUCCAGCUGUGAGCUUCAAAGAGCCUGCAGAUUUCCGGAGACUGAAGGAAAUGCUUCAGAAGUCAUCGAGGAUGCUUUUUAAUUCCUCAUACGCAUAUUAAAGCAACUGAAAAUACACUUGCUGUAUUUUUGAAAAAGUUCUCUUUGUAUAUGAAUUAAAAACUAUAACUACA